UAGUCGCAGUAGUUGUACGUCGAGCAUUGGAAGUGUGAAAUUCUCAUUAGAAAAGUUGUCAUUUUGUUUUUGUUCAUCUCUGUUAUCGCCUUUUAUUUCAUAUACAUAGAUACCAAUAUUUCACAAUUCGAAUGAAAAAAAAUUCGACUAGUUCGAGUGCAUUUUAAAUUACUUUACCGUUUUUGUAGCCACAUCUUAUAUCGCACACAACAAUUUCUUCUUCUUUUUUUUAUUCAUUUUGUGUGUCAAUUUGAAUUGUUGUCGCAUUUUGACGCGUGAUAACUUUAAAAACAGUUUGAAUCGUAUUCACAACAUUCAACAAUAUAAAAUUGCAUUUCAAUUGGAUUUGGAUCGAAAAUGCAAAUACCGAGAAAUAUAAAGUCGGCAAAUGUGCCAUCGCAAGACGAUUUCCGAGGAGCUAUUGUUUCAUGUACACAAGUGUUAAAUGGUGAUGUUUAGUAUCUAAAAUGCACGAUUAUAAACUGAGACAAAAUGAACAUUUGAAAUUAGCGAACAAAUGCAAAAUAUUUAUAAACGAAACGAAUGCAUUCGGAGUUUCGACAAGGAUAUACUCGCUUUUCGUGUGAAUAAAUGAAAAAAAAAAUACAAAAGAAAAAAAACACUUUCAGUGACUAAAUAACAAAAGAAUCAACGGAAUAUAACAAAUUCAAAAGAAAGAAACAAACAAAAAAUUAGUUAUAAUGGCGAAUCCGCGAAAAUUCAGCGAAAAAAUCGCCCUGCACAAUCAAAAGCAGGCUGAGGAAACGGCUGCCUUUGAACGAAUUAUGCGAGAGGUAUCUGAUGCAACAUCAAAGGUGAUUUCACAAUCAAAAAAGAAUCUAGCUCCCGCAACAAAUUUAGGAACAUUUAAAGGUGGAUCAUUGCCAAAUGUAUCUGAACAAAAUCGAAAGCCACAAACGACAAAUGUUGAGGUUAUUGAUGCUGCAAAUAUUACUGGCAAAAAGCCGGAUGAAAAUACGUUGAUGCAGUUUGACUUAGGAGCUCAAAAUACAAUAAAUGAUGUAGUGUCACAGACAAAUAGCAGUAGUCAAAACACAACGCCAUACCGGGAAAGAGGUCGAAGUGUUGGAGUGGGGCCGAUGCGGCGGCCAGGUGAUAGAAAAAUUGACACAUCACCAUAUGGUAGUGGUGGAGUCUAUCUCAGCCCACCAAGUGACUCAAAUUGGAGACGAACUAGCUCUGACUCAGCCAUUCAUCAAAGCUUAAUGCAAAAUCAAGACAAUCAUCACAGUCAUGGAUCUCAUUCGCCAAUACCAACCAGUCCAGUUGCUCAACGACGUAUACCAAGUAGCAAUAUAGAUAUUAAAUCCUUUGCAAAUGAACAUGGCAAUAGCUUUGUGAUGAGCUUAAACGAUAAUCGGCCGAGAUCUUCAUGUGGUUUACCCGGCAGAUUACCUGGCAUAAACAUUUAUCCAUCGGCUCAUGAUAAUACAGUGCAAAUACCGAUCGGAAAUAAUACAGGAUCGUUGCCAGACUUAACAUCCGUACACUUUCCGUCACCGUUGCAUACACCACUCGACCAAGAGCAUGAUCAUUCAAGCAGUCCGUACAGUUCGAGUCCAGUUACAACAUCACCAGCAACAUUAUCUCCGACGUCCAUACCUACAAGACAUCCUACCGCUAGAUUUCCCUACUCCCCGGUUAAUUCUCCCGGUGAGGUAGUCAGUCCAACACAUUCACAUGGUACUAGUCAACAUUUUUUAUCUGUGCCCGGUAGCAAAUUUCUUCAAAAUAUUAAGGGUAACACAGCGGAUAGCAAUUCAUAUCAGACGUCUCAAAGUGGUCAAAAUUCAUUCGGCAAUGUGGGUCAGCAGCAGUCACCUCGACAGCAACAGCCACAGCAACAUCAACAACAGCAGCAACAACAACAACAACAACAGCAGCAGCAGCAGCAGCAGCAACAACAGCAACAACAACAGCAACAGCAGCAGCAACAGACAAAUAUUUAUAACCAACAAAACCAGCACAGUCCACCGAAUAAUGUCUUACACGGUUCCCAAAGCAACUUAGCAUCACUGACACAAUCAAAUUUAUCUGGUUACCGAAGUCCGGGACGACCAAGCCCAGGAUCUAGUCCUGGUCUAGUAGCAAUGCCAAACAGCGGUGAUUCAAACACAAGUGCGCCUUGCAGUCCAGCAUCUCAACCACUUGGAAAUAAUGGGCAAUACGACCAAUUUCAAACGACUGAAUAUUAUCUCAAUCCAUCGAUUCAGCAACAUUUUGAACAAUUUUCACUGGAUUGGGCGGCACUUGUAAACACAUUGGUUGAAUCUGGUUGUACGUGGACUGCACAAGUUCAGGUUGAUAAUCCCAUACCUGAUUACUCAGCAUCGUCGCCGUUAAACCAGCCGUACUCACCGUACGAUGAUGGAAGUUUUAUACCUGUAUCUGGCCUAGACACAAUACAAUCAAAUCAGAUGCAAAUAUCAUCGUCAAUGGGCCUUUCAAAUCCGAAUAUUAAUCUAAAUUCAACAACAAUGGCGAAUGAUGGAACAAAUCAUGUCAAUCAAUCGAAUCAAACGCACUUACAACAACCUCUACACUCGCCGACGUCGCCUCAACAUCAACAAUCAUCGCAAAAUCAUCAAGCGUCAAAUUCACAUCAUCAACAGAUGACACAGAAUUCGCAGACUCAGCAUGGCGCACAAACGCCGAACACACCAACAAGUAUACCCGAAAUUAUAUUCACGGACUUUUCGGGAUCUAAUGAAUUGACAAAAGACUUAUUCGAUCAACCAAUUGAAUUGGAAUUAGGUGCAAUGGAUUUCGCUGGAUUUCAAAUGUUAUCGGAUCCGAAUGCAACAAUGAUUGCAGAUCCAACUAUCGAAGAUAGCUUUAGGAGAGAUUUAAAUUAAGUUUAAUGUGAAAUGCCAUUAUGUUUCUUUUUUUGUUUUUGGUUCUCACUGGCACCGGUGAUGUUCGGCGGGACAAAUAAUCUACCUCAAAAGUGCAACAAAAAAAAAUUAAAUAAACGUAAAAUAAAUAUAGUUUCAUUUCCAUAGCAUGCCUAAUGCUCUGCGAUGUAGCUUCUUUUCCUGACGAACACACAAGUUGACCGUGUAGAUAAGUUAUGACUUUUUUUUUGUUAAAAUACAAAUUGAAGAAAAAGAGAGGAAAAACAACAACAAAAUAUAUGAAAAGCAAAGAAAUUAAGAAAAUUUAUCAUAAAAAUAAUUCUAUUAAAUCACAAACGACACACCGAAUAUGUGAAGUUUGAAGAAAAAAUUAUUACAUUUUUUUGUUUGUAAAUAAAGGGAAAACGAGAAAAUUUUUGAAUCGAAAAUUGACAUACAGAAUAUACAGUAUUUAAAAAAAAAUAUAUAUUAUAUCGAUUGGAUAGAAAAUGAGUAAAUACAAUUUUAACAAAAAAAAAAUCGACGGAUAAAAGUGUUUUUGUUGACCGCGUCCACUUGAGUCAGUGAAAAAUAAAUAAUAAUCGCCGAUACGAAUGAGAACAUUUCAUUGUCGUUUUGAGAGCAAAUUAAAAGAAAUACACACACAUAGAACAAACAAAUUAGGUAAAAUAAAUUAGUGCGAAAAAGAUCCGUUCGGAAGUAAGAAUCGAAAAAAAAAAACACUUUUAAGUGAAUAUGAACGCGUUACAUUUUUCAAUGACUAUUGUGAAUAAUUCCGUCCAACAUCCAAUUAUAAAUCGUAUUUUAUAAUUUAAAUAAAUGCGUUUGAUUCCGUGAAUGAUUUACUCCCCCAAACAAAAAACAAAACAAACGUGUUUAUUAACGGCCAUUGCGGAUUUCAUUUUUCUACUUCAGUCAAAAUCAUUAUUAUUGCUUUUUUUCUGGUUUUAAAUUAGUGAAAAACGGUCUUGAUCAUAAUUUAUUGUCAAUUCAAAAGGAUAUUUCAAUUUUAAGGAAAAAAAAAAACACUUUUUCGAUGGACGAAUAAUUGAAUUCGCACACAUUACUUAUGGAUUCUCUGACUCGAUUAGGAUUAGGGACAAUUUCGAAUAACACUAUUUCAUUGAAUUCAGUGAAAAAGAAAUUUUUAAAUAAUAAACAAAAAGACACAAAUUAAAAUCCAACUUUACAACCAAUUUCUCUUCGUAUUUAAUGAAACAAACAAACAAACUACAUUUCAUUUCUGUAAAUUUUCUUUGUUUUUGAAAUAUCAUCAUGUCAAAUGAAAUAAUAUGUAAUUCAUCAUGGAUAAAAAAAUUUAAUAAUCGUAAAAUUUAUGUAUGCAAAAAAAAUAUGUGGAACUUAAAUGUGAAUGGACUAAUACAAUACUGCAACCGUCGAGAGAUAAUUAUGUGGUGCCGUUGAUUGUCGUAUGCUGACGAACUUGUUAAACAAACAAAAAAUAUUAAUCAUACAUUGUCGUAUAUGAAUGUAGAUCGAUGUGAACCAAUCUUUUCUUUCUACUCUUUAUGAAAGUAACAAAAAAAAAAAAAAAGAAAACAAAUAGCGAUGACCACAGAAAAAAGAAAUAACAAGUUUUUUUUUUGUUGUCAAUAAAAAUGUAAGUAACUUUUGAAUAUCAGUGAACAAUUGUCUCAAACGCUAUUAUAUUAUCAAUCUCAUUCGCAUUCUGAGACUGAAUUUAAUAAUAAUAGAAAUAUCAACCACAAAAAAUGUGCAUGAAACAACCAAUUUGAUUCAAUUCUCUCUUUUUUUUCUAAAGAAAAAAGAAUAAUUUAUAAUUACGAUAGUAAUAGUGAAAAGUUGUGUAUAAAUGUCAAUCACACACAAAUUUUAUAACAUUCUGCACAAAAAAAAAAUUUGUUUAUGUAAUAAUGGAAAGUGGACAAAAUAUUUACAAAUAAAUAUUUAACGAGAGCAAAAUGAAAAGGUACGCUUUCGACUGCAAGUGACCGUAUAUACAAAACCAAAAACACAUCACAUUACAAAUAUAACAAGUGUCAAAACUCACA